CUGCUAGCAGACUAUCUUCACCGAGCAACCUACUGCCAGUCUCCUCUCUUCUAUUCAUCUAUUUCCCAUCGAGGCCGCUCCUUAUGAUGAGAGACCUCACACUUUUUGCAGUGACGACCCUGUUGGGUCUCGCGACAGCCUCUUCAAACUCUUCAACAUUGGGAUUGCUGAAGUACAAUGGCGUUGCUCUGGGAGAUUGGGAAUCUGCAUACGACAAGGCCUCUGCUUUUGUGGGAAACCUAACCACUGAGCAGAAAUUGGCCAUCAUGACUGGCAGCAGUGUCACAUCUGCUACAAAUGAAAGUUUCUCGGCAUUGGUCUUCGGUGAUGGUGACAUGGGACUGCAGGACUUUAACUACGUCUCAGCGUUCAGCUUGGCUUCUGCCAUCGCGAUGACCUGGGAUCAAGAUGCCUACUAUCAGCAGGCCAAAGCAGUGGGUAUUAAAUUCUAUAAGAAGGAAAUCCAGGUCUUAAACGCGCCAACCUCGCAGCCCAUCGGCCGAACGCCGUGGGGUGGUCGAUUCGGCGAGACAUUUGGCCCGGACCCCUACCUCAAUGGUUUGGCCACUGGCCUUUCUGUGAAGGGCUACGUUGAAACCGGUGUCAUCUCUGGAGCCAAGCAUUUUCUUCUGUAUGAGCAAGAGACCAACCGGACUAGUGACCCAAACAGUAUCAGUCCCAAUCCUGCGUCUGGGCCCCUUCCAUAUUCCUCCAAGACGGACGAUAAGACCCUGCACGAGACCUAUCUUUGGCCAUUCUAUGAUGCCGUCAAGAAUGGUCUCGGUGCGGUCAUGUGCGCGAUGACCAAAGUCAACAAUACGCUUGCUUGUCAGAACUCCGACCUACUCCUGAAGCACUUGAAGACGGAGCUUGGUUUUCCAGGACUGGUAUAUCCUGAUACCAAGGCCCAGAGCACCGAAACUGCCGAGACGCUCAACAAUGGCGAGGACUACGGAGACAGCACUUACUGGUCCACAUCUGUGGUGAAAUCUCUUCUCGCAAAUGACAACGGGCUUCAACCUGCAGAGCAAGGCGACAGUGCCUUUGUUGACGUGAGAGGCAAUCAUUCCAAGCUAAUCCGCAAAUAUGGUGCUCAGUCCAUGGCUUUGCUGAAGAACAAGAACAAUGCCCUCCCGUUGAAGACGGUCCGCAGAAUGAGCAUUUUCGGUGCUCACGCCGGUGCCAUUGUCGACGCAACCGGCUUCGGCUCUGGACAGGCAUCUUACCCUUACCUCGUGACCCCCUUGGUUCCGUUGACCGUCAAAGCUACGGAGGAUGGGACGAUUCUGAACUGGAUUUUGAAAGACAACUAUACUUCGACAGCAGGCUCCUCUCUCAUUCCCUCAGUUGCUGGAAGUACAGCUGUAUCACCCUCUUACGCGACUUAUGCCGGCAACUCCGAUGUCUGCAUCGUUUUCCUGAAUACUCUUGCGGGCGAGGGCGCUGACCGGACUGAGUUAUACAACCCUGAUCAAGAUACAAUGGUUAACACCGUUGCCGACAACUGCAAUAACACCAUCGUCGUGAUCAACACCGUGGGACCUAGACUACUGGACCAAUGGAUUGAGCACGAGAACGUGACAGCAGUACUGUAUGGAUCUCUCUUGGGCCAAGGAUCGGGCAACUCGAUCGUGGAUGUCCUCUACGGCGAUGUCAAUCCUUCCGGCCGUCUGAUCUACUCCAUACCAAAGAACGAAAGUGACUACAACGUGGGUCUCUGCUACACUUCUCAAUGCAACUUCACCGAAGGUGUUUACCUUGACUACCGCUACUUCGAUGCCCACAACAUCACCACCCGCUUCCCCUUCGGUCACGGUCUCUCCUAUACCUCCUUCUCCUACUCCAACCUCACCAUUUCCGCCACUCCCACCGGCCACCUCGCCGUUGGCGGCUACAGCGACCUCUGGGACACCGUGAACAGCAUCUCCGUAACCAUCAACAACACCGGCUCCCUCAGCGGAGCCGAGAUCCCUCAACUCUACUUGAGCUUCCCUGACUCUGCCGACCAGCCUCUCCGCCAACUCCGUGGCUUCGAGCGCGUGGAACUCGCCACCGGCGAGCAGAAAACUGCCACGUUUAACCUACGCCGUCGUGAAAUCUCCUACUGGAAUGUCGUCGAGCAGCAAUGGGUUGUUGCGGCUGGCGAGUACAAGGUAUACGUCGGUGCUAGUUCCCGGGAUUUCAAGCUGCACGGGUCUUUCACGGUUCAGACGGAUGUCUGA